GCGCACUCGAUAGCUUUCCGGGGACUACUUUGUUUCUUCUUGCAGUUCUUCUCCGACGCUCUGGUAGUUUGAGGGAGAAUUUGCGUUACUGCGUGUUUUACCACAAGUCUGUUUGAGUGGUUUUGAUAUCGUGUAGCUGAGCGGAAAGCCUCGCGAUAGUCCUUUCUUCAAUCAUCAUUUUUCGGUUUCUCUUCCGGUCUUGCCAAUCGACGAAAAUAAUCUGUUUCGCAACCAGAAGCAGCUUCAUCUUUCAGACACAGUCAUGCUAUUUGGUCAAUUGUUCCGGAGCCGGGUCGCAGCCCUAGUCCCGACAUCGGCGUCGCCAAUGUCGCUUCUGCGAAGGACAUUCACCUCGACUGCACCUGCCCUGCGCGAGUUUAAGCUGGUGGUCAACCGGCGCGUGAAGCAGCGUCCUGCUCUGAAGGGCAAUUUCUGGGUGCGCCAGCAUCUCAAGACGGGCCGGAGGAUCAAGUAUCCUCCUUACCCCUACGGCGACGCUACGGUGUUCAAGCGGUCCAACCGCGGUCUUUUCGGCGGCUUGUUCCCGAUGAAAGGACACUCCAUUACCGAGAAACUAGAACGGAAAAUCAACCGGAGAUGGGUUCCCAAUAUUGUGAAGGCUACGCUGUACAGCGAGGCUUUGAAGACGAGGAUUAAAAUCCCAGUUGCGACGAAGGUGUUGAGGACGAUCAAGCGCGAAGGCGGGCUGGACAAUUAUCUGACAAAGGAGAAGUCGGCGAGGAUCAAAGAGCUGGGGCCGAGAGGAUGGAGAUUGCGAUAUGCUGUGCUUUUGCGCCAGCAGAACUUGAAGCCAAGCCAGCUGUAAUUAUCUAGAUAUGAAGAUAUAAUGUAAAUAUUUCCACCCUUACUCACAGUCUGAGUCAUAAAAACAUAUUUAUAAAAUAGUAUAUAAAUACUACAAUCGAAUAACAAUCAAAUAGAACAUAUAAUCAAGAAUAAUCGCUAUAAUCGGCCGGUCUCCGGGAAUCGGCCGAACCACCGGCUUUU